AUGCGAUUGCUGAAGAUGUUGAAGCAGGUGCGUGAGCAGCUCCGGAUUGUCAUGGAGCUUGCAGAGAAGAAGGGUUUAGGGGAUGUGAUCAAAAAACUCUUUGAAGAAGCUGGGUUGGGCACUACAAUGUCUGAUCCGGAUUACACAUGCUUUGAUCGCCUCUAUGACGAUGCCCUCCGGCGGAUGGACAAGCAAAGACGCCUGGAGUGGUACCGCUUAGGCAACACGGGCGAGCCUCCACCCACCUUCAAGGCA